UCGGUUUUUUUCAACCUGGGCCCUGUUUUCAUAAUUUUUUCUGUAUAUGUGAGUGCUGGAUAAAACAUUUUUUGAGGUCGCGCCAGUAUUGAGCAGGGCAGGCAGCCUCCAGCCCAGCUAACGCUCGUACACAGGGCAACUGGCUCUCGUCAAAAUUCGGCCUAUAAACAUGCAUUUUUUUCACACUGACAGGCUCAGAUAGUUACAAUGAGUGUCCGACAACAUACUAGAAAGGAGAAAUUAACGUAUGUCUCUACCUUUAGCUGGAGAUCGCUGUUUGUUGUGAGCUGUGUCCAAAUCUCACCACGCUACAAAUCUCGUUCCGAAAUCUCGCGAUAACUCGCGACAAAACACCGGUGGAAAAACAGUUACCUGACUGAGGUGAAGAGAGACGACCGAAGUGAUUUUGUAUUGGACUAAGUUACCGAAGACUGUUAGUUUAGUUUUAUAGAAAAGGAUAAAAGUAAAACAAUGGUUCGUGAGUGCGCAUUUCCAAACUGUGGCAACAAAAUGUUGCGCUACUCUUCGCGCAGCUUUCAUAGACUACCUUACUUCAACACGGACACACUGAAGUUAUGGCUAGCUGUGCUACAAAUGGAUGCCGACACUCCUGUUGAUGUACUGCGCCGUGCCGACCACAGGGUCUGCAGUGAUCACUUUGAUCGGGAUGACUACUGCCAGUCAAAGAAGAGACCAAAUCCGAAGCACCUUUACCUAAAGAAAAGUGCAGUCCCAAGAUGGGAGACACCAGCUGCAUGCAGAGUGCAGGAGGCUGAUGGUGGUGAUUCUCCACAAGCAACAGAAUUUGCUGCAGUCCCACAAUCCACUCCUGUCAAAACGCAACACAGAGCAGACGAAGAUCCAUCUCAAUCAAGAGGUCCUAAUCUCUCAUCUUGCUUGAAAGUUCUUCUUUCAAGUCCCCAUCAGACCACACCUCGCACCAAGCCAUCAUUGUCCGGGACCUAUCUGGCACUACCUCCUACUUGGACACAAUCAGUGACUGCCCCUGCAUCAACUGCAGCUUUGACUGUCCCGCAUACAGACAGUGAGGAUCCAUCACAAAGAAGGGAUGACCACACUGUUGUUUAUACAGAGCCUUUGCCCUGUCGCAAACCACGCCGAAGAUUACUGCACAACAUAGCUCCUGUUCCGAGGCCUGAAAAGGCAGACUUACUUGCACGGCACAGUUCACGGUUCAAACCAUACUAA